AUGGCGUCCUCUACUGAUGCUUCCCAACCAUUACUUGGGGACCACACCACAGACCUUCAGAACCAAGAGAACCCACAUAGUGGAGGUGAUAGUAAAAAAAAGGCCAAACACUUCCCUCUAUCAGCAUCUGUCGUCUCGUCACGAGAUCCAGCAGGUAGCCAUAUUAUCGGAAGCCUAGCAUCAUGGUCUAAACACGGAGCAGAGGGAUUCGGAAUAAGCAGAAAUAACAGCUUCUAUCAUCAGCACCAGCACCAGCACCAGCAGCAACAAUACUCCAACGAAGAGCAUUACGAUGAGUAUGAUUAUCAUAAUGACUAUCCAUACGAUCCGGACCGAAAUACAACGUGGACUGUCUUCAGAGCCAAGACCCGUUCUUUCUUGAUGUCCAAAUGGGGCCAUUACCUUGUCCUCCUCCUAGUCGCUGUAGAUGUAGCAUGCAGCUUUGCAAAUUUCCUGAUUGAGUUGCGCGUUUGCGAAUUACGUGAAAGACAUCAGACCCCCAUCGAUCGUCGAUGGAGUCUGGCGCAGGAAACGCUGGGAUUGCUGGGAUUGAUAUUCUCGUGCUUGUUCAUGUUGGAAUUGAUUGCUUCAGUGCUGAGCUUUGGGUUGAGUUAUUUCCGGUUAAAGUUUCAUACCUUUGAUGCUCUGGUGAUCGUGCUGGCGUUUGUUUUGGAUGUUUCUCUUAGAGGUAUAGUGGAGAAAUUGGGUUCGAUGGUUGUUGUUCUUCGGUUGUGGCGGGUUUUCAUGAUUAUUGAAGAGAUGAGUGAGGUUAGCGCGGAUAUGAUGGAGAAGUAUGAGGAGGAGUUGGACGACUUAAAGAGGGAAAAUUCACAGUUGAAGAGAAAGUUGAAGGGGUAUGGGUCGAAUAACGAGGAGGAGGAUAUUGAGGGUCACGCUGGAGGCGAUGAAGAAGAAGAAGACAUUAACUAA